AUGAAUUCCACGAAUGCCCCUAUGACGCCUAGGACAUCUAGGCGCCACUCGUUUGCCACACCUCUUAAAGCCCAUCGCGAUAUUCAAGUACUUUUAAAUGACGACGCGUCCGAGAAACAGUCCCGGAGAAAGUCCCUUGUUGAAAUGCGUCGAAAGUCUUCUCCUUUUACAACACCAACUAAAGCUUCUGGAAGUAACCAACAAGUGACAACUCCCAAAAGGAAUGGUGUUAAUUCAAGACAGUUGGAAGUUGUUACGCCGAUUCCUAAAAUUCCGGUUGAACAAAUGUCUGUCAAUUUUGAGGAGUGGAUGAAAAUGGCAACUGAUAACAAAAUCAAUGCUAAUAACAGUUGGAAACUCGCGCUCAUUGAUUAUUUCCAUGAGAUGAGCUUAUUAAAGGAAGGAGACUCUAUAAACUUCCAAAAAGCUUCUUGUACACUAGAUGGGUGUGUAAAAAUAUAUACAUCACGUGUUGAUUCUGUUGCGUCCGAAACUGGAAAAUUAUUGAGCGGUCUUGCGGAUAGUUCCAUAAAAGAUGAUGAAGCUCCAGAAAAUGAAGAGGAAGAAAGAGAAUCAGAAAAACGUGCUCGUAAGAAGACAACAAGAACAGAAGCAACUUUGGUAAAAGAUUAUUCUGUCUUAAUGGCGAAAAAAUUGAAUUUGGAAUUCUCAGUCGAUCCGCUGUUUAAAAAAACAUCAGCAGAUUUUGAUGAAGGGGGCGCUCAAGGAUUGCUGUUGAAUCGGUUGUCUGUAGAUGAUGACGGAAAGAUAAUUUUUGAUGCAAGCGAUGCUAUCGCCGGAGACAACGAAAACAAGAAUAUGCCUUCCGAAGGCAAUGAUGAUUCUGAUCUAAAGAUUGACAUAACGAAACUUCGCUUCGAAUUCCUUUCCGGACUUCAGGGAAUAUUUAACAAGGAUCUCGUGUGUUCCUCUAUCUUGGAUAAAUUUGAGUUUUCAACGGAAAAUAUGAUGACAUCGAUGCCAGAGGAUAGGGAUGGAAAUGAUGGUGAUGAUAUCGAAGAAGGAAUUAAUAAUCAAGCACCAAUUAAUGGUGACACUGAAGAAAAUGACUUUUUUGAAGAUAAUUAUGAAACACUCGGAGAUGGGUUUGCUGAGGAUAUUAUUAUGGAACAAGAAGACUUGGAAGGCUUAGGAACUCGAGAAAAUAUUAUAGAGACUUCUCAGCGACGCUUAUCACAAAGAGAAUUUGUAAUGGCGAUGACUACCAAUCAAAAUGAAAUGUUUUCUUAUUUUGAUUCAGCAUUCUUACGCAAUUGGGCGGGUCCAGAACAUUGGAAAAUGAAACAAAAGCCUCAAAAUGCUACUAAUGAUGAAUCCAAAAAGAAAAAAGAAAAGGUUUCAUCCGUCAUCAAUUUUAUCGAAUCCGAUGAGAUUGAUGAAAGAUCAAUAUUUGUAAAAGGGGGAACCACCAUAAAUUUAGCUAAAUCUGCUGAAUAUGGUUCCCGUAAUUAUUUACUCCCGGACGAUAUGCAAUUUAACUCAAAAAAAAUGUUCCGCUUAUUUUUGAAACCGGAAUUUACGAUCGAAUUGAGAGGUCGCUCAGGAUCUGCUGAAGAGCAAAUGGAACAUGGUCAUAUAGAUGAUGAUCAAGCAUCUUUCCCGGAUAUGACAAUGGUUACUCAUGGUGAAACAUUUUUCCGAGAAGACGAAUAUGCUUCUGAAGAGGCUGAAGGGGAUUAUGGUAAUCAAUUAAUAUCCCAACCGAAAAGGACUAAGCCAGCUUUUGUUAAAUAUGCUAAGACAGCAAAACGAGUCGACGUCAAAAAAUUAAAAGACAAUAUUUGGAAAACGUUAACCGAUUCAACUGAUAAGACAAUAGCAACUACAUCCACAUCAGUUGCAGUACCUAAACCUGGUGAUCAAGUUGUUCAUGGAGGAAAGAAAUUUACGAGCAUAAUUGAGAAUCUAAAGAAGAUUUAUCCGGACCGUAAAAUGAAGGAUAUUUCAGUAUCAUUUUGUUUCAUUUGUUUACUACAUCUGGCAAAUGAGAAAAAUUUAAAGAUAAUUGGUGAUGAAAAUUUGUCUGAACUUAGGAUAUUAUCAGAAACGGGUAGUAGUACAGUUUUUUAA